GAUGCUGUGGUUAGGGGGGUCUCUGAAACCGCAAACAGUGCUAACGUUGCUAAUGUCGGUUUUCCAGCCGGAGCGUUUUUACGCCGUUUUCGAGCUGCAGUAGGUGUGCGGAAGAUUGUGGUAAUGUUUGUGUGAACACGGCGACAGCGAUUGUUAUUGUUUACUCUCCAUUUUCCGCCGGGAAUAAUCAGAAGUGGAGAAAUUGCUCGGCUACUAGCUAAGCUAAACUUCAAGCGGAGAUUUUUUUUUAUUAAAGGCCGCCGUCCUGGGCAGCGACGCCGUCUCACUUUCCCUGUCCGCUUCUCCUCGCUGGAGCUACCCACACAGCUACAACAAUAACAGCCCGGUUCCUGGAGGAAUUCUGUGGAUGUGUGGGAUUCAUAUUUCUCCAGAAUGUAACCCAUCAGUAUAUGUGUACUUAUGAAAGAUGGAGAUAAAGCCCCGGACUCUGGUGGAGGAGAGGAUGGGUUCAGCUGUGACUGGCCUUUUCCUGUUGCUGCUCUUUGUGGCCCCUGGAUGCUGGGCAGGAGAAUGUAAGGGUCAUAGGCAGAUUCUGCGAGGGCCACCAGGCUACGUUACAGACGGCCCAGGAAAUUACUCCGUGAACGGCAACUGUGAAUGGCUCAUCACGGCUCCUGGCAGCAAUUAUCGCAUUGUGCUGAACUUCACAACAAUGGAGACAGAGUGCACCUAUGAUUACCUGUUUGUGUAUGAUGGAGACUCCUAUCAAAGUCCCCUCCUUGCAAGUCUAAGUGGCAAGACCCUACCACAACCAGUCGAGGCAAAGUCUGGCAAGAUGCUACUCCACCUCUUCAGCGAUGCCAACUACAACUUGCAAGGCUUCAAUGCCACCUACACAUUCUCACUGUGCCCUUGGGACUGUGGAGGUCAUGGGCGCUGUGAUGCAGUCUCCUCUCGUUGUCAGUGCCAUCAGGGUUGGGGAGGGACGGACUGUUCCUUGCCUGUCUGCUCCACAGACUGCACACAACAUGGACGUGGGCGUUGUGAUGAGAGAGGAGACCACUGCUUAUGCAGUUCUGACUUUGUGGGGCAGAGCUGUCAGCUGGGUCUGCGUGAUAACAGCGGUGUGGGUCAGUGGUGGGAUGUGAACAAUAGAGAUGAGAGUUUUUCUCCACGGACUGCAUCAGGUGGUGUGUACCUGUCCUCCACUAGAACCUUCUACAUGUUCGGAGGUUUUGACUUAAACAAAGCAUUAGGAGACCUUGUGGAAUACAACUUUUCAACCAAUCAAUGGGAGAAGAAGCUGCACUCAUUUGCUCCAGCCCCAAGGCACUCUCAUACAGCAGUGGAAUGGCAGGGUGACAUGGUCAUAUAUGGUGGUGAGCUUUCUAACCACUCACUGGCUAGUGAUGUCUGGUUGUACCGCCCAAAGCAAAAUGAUUGGCAACAGCUUGGCCAGUCAGAUGCUCCAGGUGCUCCCAGGCUGGCAAAUCAUGCAGCAGCUCUGGUGGACGAUGAUCUGUAUGUUUUUGGGGGGCGCACAGAGAAGGACAUGUUCUCCUCAACUCUGUAUCGCUUUCGACUGGGAGACAGGGUUUGGGAGGAAGUACAGCCUCACGGGGGAAAGCCCCCUGCCACUGCAGGUCACAGCAUGGUCUUCCACGCUCCAUCCAGGACUCUUCUGGUAUAUGGAGGACACAGACCUACUACAGCCAGGUUCAGUGUGAGGGUAAACUCCACAGACAUUUUCCAUGUGGACAAGAGUUUCUGGACUUCCCUUCGCUCACGUUACCCCGCUAACGGACCUCGGGAGAGAGCCUUUCAUUCAGCCACCAUAAUUGGCAAUUACAUGGUGGUGUAUGGUGGAAAUGUGCACAUCCAUUACCAGGAGGAGAAAUGUUACGAUGAGGAGAUCUUCUUCUACCAUCUGGGCUGCCACCAGUGGGUGUCUGGUGGAGAAAGUCUCAUACACCGAAGCCGAUCUGUGAGAGGCCGUUACUCUCAUGUUGCUGCUGUGAUGGAUGGACGCGUGUUGCUCAUCGCUGGCGGUUACAGUGGUGUUGCUCUCGGGGACCUUGUGGCAUACAAAGUUCCACUUUUUGUCAGCAGUGACCCUGGUGACAGAGAUGGAUUAUGUGCUGAGGCCCCAGAUGAGAGAAUGUGUCUAAAAAACCCAGAAUGCAGUUGGUGUGAGGGUCGCUGUAGGGAAUACCAGCCAACUAACCCGUGUGGCAGCACUGGCUGUUUAGGUCUGGCUCGAUUCCUUUCUGACUGCCAGUCAUGUCUAGUAUUCAGUGGCGUGCCCAACUCUCUCCCUCGUGCCCCCAGUGAUUUUGGAUGGUGUGUCCAGAAUGAUUCCUGUUUACCGGUCUCAGGUAUGAACAGGGGAGAACAGAGCAGCAUGAAGCGUAGUGCAUGCCGCGUGGACCAGAUCUCGGGGGCGUACGGCUGGUGGGGGGAGCGGACGAGUUUCCUGACUUCCCUCCCCUCCUGUCGCACCGAGAACUAUGUCCCAGGACUGCACCUGCUCACCUUUCAGCACCCACGCAACGACUCGCAGCCCGACAAGGUCUCUAUUCUGAGGAGUGCAUCUAUAAUACUCAACCCUUCCACUGAGAUGGACGUUACUCUGCAGUUUCGUGGUUUUAUUCACCCUCUUUUAGGGGCUCCACCCCCUGCAACUCCUCCCCAAGAGUCUGUGGCCAUGUGGGCAAGGAUUCAGAAGUUUCACUUCACAGUGAAGAUGGCUGCAGGGCCCAACUCAGUCCACCUGACUGAUGUUCUUGGGCGCUGGUCAGCUCAGGAAGAAAAGGAGAGCCACUUGUUAUCCCGUCCAGACGGUUCCCGUCUGUUUCAGAAUCUCACACGGGGGAAUCGUUAUUUGGUGCAGGCAGAGGGCUACCUGAACAGUUCUGCCUCAGGCCAGACCAGUGAGAUGGCCCUUACCUGGAACCGAACUGCCAUUCCUGGAGGAAGUGAGAUCUCGUUUCUGUUCCUGGAGCCUUAUCGUUCAGGCUCGUGUUCAGGUUACUACUCUUGCUUGGCCUGUCUAUCCGAUCAGUCCUGUGGCUGGUGCCCUACUACAAAUGUGUGCAUGCUACGCUCCAAUAUCAGCCUCGAGCGCUGCCUGGAGCCACAGGGAGAAGAGCACCACCUGUUACUCAACCCCCAGCACUGCACACUGUGUGAGGAGUACAGAGACUGCAGGGCUUGCACUCAGGACCCUUACUGUGAGUGGCAAAUCAACUCCAGUAAGAAAGGGGAUUACUUAUGCAGUCGCCGUGGGAGACUGGAAGGCUCUAUUCGGGAUCCACUGGAAUGUCCUAAAGUCUGUAACCAGAGGACAACAUGUGGGGAGUGUCUGUCCAACUCUAGCCAGUGUGCAUGGUGCGAGUCCGCUCAGACCUGCUUUUACUUUGCUGCUUAUCUCACAAAGUUCCCCUAUGGGGAGUGCAGAGACUGGUAUGACAGUGUGCACUCAGUUCCUCAGUGUAAGCAGUGCUCUGCUUCAACCACAUGUGCCGAAUGCCUGCAGACCUUUCAGUGUGGCUGGUGUGGGGAUUACAACAACCCUACCUUUGGCAGGUGUCUAAAAGGAGACUGGGGAGGAAUUAUUGACUCAUCCGUGACUAACUGCACUGUUGCUGUUGCUGAAGUGAAGGCCUCAAGCCCCGAGCCACGCACCCUUUCCCCACCAAGGCCGAUGGAGCUGGAGUUAGAGAUGGAUCUGCUGGAGGGGGUGGAAGUUGAUGGAGAGGCUGUGUGGUCCUAUGCAUCAUGCCCUGAUGUGGAGGAAUGCAGGCUGGGCCUUCAUACAUGCCAUCCCUCAGCCACCUGUGUGAACACACCCACCUCGUACGAGUGCCACUGUGAGAGGGGUUUCACCGGAGAUGGAGAGCAUUACUGCAAUCAGACAUGUUAUAAUGAAUGUCGUGAGGGCAAAUGUAGUGGCAGUCCACGGUUUGAGUGCGAGUGCUCUUUGGGUUGGACUUCGGACCCGGCCACUCUGGUGCUGAGCGGUGUGGAGUGUGACGUCGAUUGUGGCUGUAACUUCCACAGCACCUGCAUCACGGCACCAGGAAUCUGCGACCAAUGCCAGGAUUGGACGACAGGACCACACUGUGAGCACUGUCGGCCUGGUAGCUUCGGUUCAGCAGUAGCUGGUGGUGGAGGCUGUGUGCCGUGUGAGUGCAAUGGACAUGGCGAUCCACUGCAGGGAUUCUGUCACAAUCAAACGGGACAGUGCUACUGUACACAUCAUACCCAUGGAGAGCACUGCGAGCUGUGCUUGCCUGGCUACUACGGAGACCCCCGGAACAAUGGCACAUGUUUCCGACAGUGUCAAGGACGCUCUGUUGCCCUUUCCUCAUUGUCUUCCUCACUGCCCCUCUCAUCCUCUCUUGGUUGGCAUGGAUCAGCAGGAGGCCAGGAUGGUCUCUCACACUGCUUGUGGGUUCUCUCUGUCUCUCCGGAUCUGGCACCAUGCAUGCCAGGCCAGAUGUGCCCACCUGUGGCAUUGACCCUGCAUAAAGACUCUUAUACACAAUGCACAAACUCGUAUGUGUAUGUAUUCGAUGGCCUGCCACGUUUUCUUAACAACGGUGUGAUGCACUCUGAUCAAAACCUGAUUGGAGUUUUUUGUGGCACAACUCGUAAUCAACCAAUCACAGUAGAAGCCACAUCUGGUGUGAUCUCUGUCUACUUUGAGGCAAAUGUGUCUUCAGCUCAACCUCAGGGUUUUAACGCCUCCUUCUGGGUGCGGCGUUGCAGUGAGGGAGGAUCUGACGGGGGUCUUGAUGGCUCCUCGGAAUGUCUGGGCUUUGCACAGUGCCGUGACGGGAUCUGCCAGUGUCCCAGUGGUUAUGGAGGGCCACUUUGUGAUUGGCCCAUCUGCCCCGGGGACUGUGGCACUCGAGAGGGCCGAGGCAUCUGCAACACGACUCUAGGAGUGUGUGUGUGCACGCUCGGCUGGGCUGGAUCUGACUGCUCCUCCGUUGCAGAUGCAAACAGCCUGGUGUGGGAGAAUCUGCUGGACACACAACUCACAGUGAAUCCAUCUUACAGGUUUCUCCAGAGGAUGGGGCACUCACUAGUUUCAGGCCCGCAUGGCACACUCUGGUUAUAUGGUGGCCUCUCUCUAUCAGAGGGAAUUCUGGGAAAUGUUUACAGGUAUUUUGUGCAAGAACGCCGCUGGACUCAGAUGCUUACCAGUUCAGCGGAGGAAGGAUCUAGCCCCUUAGCUCGCUACCAUCAUGCCUCUGUUGUGGUAGCCAUUCAUGACCAUACGUCUAGUACUCCGACAGAAAGUCACCACUUAAUGCUUGUGGUGGGUGGCGUAGCACCAAACAGUGUUUUGAACGAUACAUGGAGCCUCAAUCUUAGCAGCCUGAUGUGGACAGAGUACAAGAGUUCAGUGCUGCCUCCUGUGGCUGGUCACACUCUGACAGUGCGCAGAGUCUCCUCUGUUCUACUGAUUGGAGGAUACUCUCAAGAGAAUGGUUUCAAUCACCACUUACUUGAGUUUAAUCCACAGUCUGGGAACUGGACUGUAUUGCCACAUACUGGUACACCACCUACAGGUCUUUAUGGACAUUCUGCAGUCUAUCAUGAGCCGACGGAUGCUGUGUAUGUGUUUGGCGGUUACCGUUUCCAUGUAGAGGCUGUAGAGCCUUCUGGAGAACUCUAUACCCUUUACUACCCCAAUCUCACCUGGUCUUUAUUGGUCCCCUCUCGGGGAAACAAGCCUUUGUCGCAUUUCUUCCAUGCGGCAGCCCUACUGAAAGACACCAUGGUGAUUAUUGGAGGGCGGACAGGAGCAGAAGAUUAUAGCAACAGUGUAUACCUCUAUCAGAUCAAUUGCAACACAUGGAUACAGCCAGUAUCUUCAGUCGGUGAACCCGUUAAUCACUCCAUAUCCUUGGCCAUGGCGAGUUCAGGGAAUCGCCUGUUCAUAUCAGGUGGAUUUAACGGGGUAAUGCUGGGGCGUUUGAUCACCCUCUCUGUGCCAUCGGACCCCUGUGUUCUUUUGCCUACACCCGAGGCCUGUAACAACAGCACAGGCAGCUGUGUGUGGUGCAGGGGUACCUGCACCUCCUCAGACACCGCGGAGAGGAUCGGCUGUCCUGUUGGCCAUUCUCCAUGCUUUCCUACUCCCCGUGUCCCUGAUCAGUGUCGAAGGCUGAAAACAUGCAGUGAAUGUCUGGCCCGACAUCCCAAAACAUUUACCAGCUCUGGACAGAACACUCUACAGUGUAAAUGGUGCACUAACUGCCCUGAAGGAGCAUGUAUUAGCAGCUCUGUGACUUGCGCUUCAGAACAUGACUGCAGGAUAAACCAAAGGGAGAUUUUUCUCUCCAGCAACUGCACCGAAACAAGCUGUGAGGCAUCUGACUGUCCCAAGUGCACAGCGUCAGUGAAGUGUAUGUGGACUCGUCAGUUUAAACGCACAGGGGAGACCAGACGCAUUCUGAGUGUCAAUCCCACAUAUGACUGGACAUGUUUCAGCUAUGCGCUACUGAAUGUGUCGCCCAUGCAAGUGGAAUCGUCUCCCCCCAUGCCCUGCCCUGAAGGCUGCCACGAAAUCCAGACCUGCAACCAGUGUCUCAGCUCCCAUGGUUCAGAUGGGGGUUGGCAGCACUGUGUUUGGAGCAUGGCUCUGCAGCAGUGUAUGAGUCCUUCAUUUGUUCCGUUGCGCUGUGAAGCUGGUCAGUGCGGUCGUCUGCUCUCCAGCGGAGACUCUUGCUCUCCUCAGUGCUCCCAGCUUACCCAGUGCUCCCAGUGCAUUGCCAGGCCACAGUGUGGCUGGUGUGCCACCCGUGGAGCUAAUGGCGCAGGACACUGCCUGCAGGGAGGGCUGGAUGGUGUUAGCGAAUCUCUCUGUCCCCACUGGAACAGCAGCUGGUCCUUCCUGCACUGUCCGGAAGAGGAUGAGUGUGCCAACGGCCACCAUCGAUGCAAUGUUACCCAGGACUGCCAUGACCUACCUGAUGGUUACCACUGCACCUGCAGAAAGGGCUACAUACUCAGCAGUGUAUCUGGGCAGUGUGAGCCGGUAUGUCUGCAGGGCUGCGUUAAUGGCACGUGUGUGUCACCAGGAGUGUGUCAGUGUCACUUUGGCUUUGUCGGGGAGAACUGCUCAUGUCAGUGCCGCUGCAACAAGCACAGCAACUGUAUGGGCGUCACUCAACUGGAUACGUGUUUGGAGUGCCAUAACCACACUAAGGGUCAGCACUGUGAGAAGUGUAAGCCAUUGUAUGUAGGCUCUGCAGUAGGUGGCGGCGUGUGCCGUCCAUGUCGGGAGUUUUGUAGAGGAAACAGUGAUGUAUGUUUGUCCAAAGAUGAGCUCAAGUUGGCACUGGAUUAUCCACAUGAACACCCGCUAGAUCCUGAGGGUAUUGUCCAUUGGGUAGCGGAGGGCCCCACAGAGGAUAAUGCUGUGUGUGUGAACUGUCAGAACAACAGUGUUGGGGACAAGUGUGAAAGCUGCCUUAGCGGCUACUUUCUGCUGCAGGGCAAGUGUGAAAAGUGUCAGUGUAAUGGCCAUGCAGACACGUGUAAUGAGCAUGACGGAACAGGCUGCCCCUGCCAAAACAACACGGAAACCUCAUCCUGUCUCAGCAGCUCACAGAAUGAUCGCAAGGAGUGUUACCGACAACAGUGUGCCAAGUGCAAAGACGCCUUCAAUGGCACACCGAUCAAUGGCCGUCAGUGCUACCGGCAGUUCAAUGUGGACAACGAGUGCUGCUUUGACCCGACGUCACAGGUCAACUGUUUCCAUGAGCCUAAUAUCCGAAAUCUGCCGAUGGGACGCACAGUGUUUUUUGCAGCCCAGCCCAAGUUCACUAACGUUGACAUCCGUGUCACUAUCGACGUUACGUUUGGUGAGGUGGAGGUGUACGUAUCUAAUUCCCACGACACUUUCAUUGUGGACGUCAACCGCCAAACUGGUGUACACACCAUUAAAAUCGCAGACGAUAUUGCCUCCGUGCCCAUGACUCGGGGAGACAAAGAUGUCCCUUUAGCGCUGUCACCGUUGAAAGUGAGCGCAAAUUCAUCUUCCUCUGCUAUUCUUGGUCUACAUGCCAAACCACACAGUGCUGAACGGGAAGUGCGUGAAGAGCGAGCGGAAGGCCUCAUCACUUACAUCACAGUGUGGAAGCCACAGACGGUGCUGAUUGUGCAUGGCGUGCGUGAUCGUGUCGUCAUCACCUUCCCACAUGAAGUGCACUCGCUCAAAUCCAGCCGCUUCUUUAUCGCACUGCGUGGUGUUGGUACAGACAGUCAUGGUGGAGAGUCGCAAGGCCUGCUGUUCCUCCGCCAAGACCAGGCACACAUAGACCUGUUUGUUUUCUUCUCUGUCUUCUUUUCCUGCUUCUUCCUCUUCCUGUCUGUGUGUGUGCUGCUCUGGAAGGUCAAACAGUUCCUGGACUUCAGGCGCGAACAGCGGCGUCACAUUCAAGAGAUGACCAAAAUGGCAUCACGCCCCUUUGCCAAACUUGCUGUCUACCUGGAGCCUGAUGAACCGCAGCUCAUCUAUUUGCCCUCAGCUGGAGGAGGAAGCUCUGUCUCACUGGCACAUGUUAGGACAGGCAAAAUAGGGGGCAUGGUCAGUCGAGGAAGGUCUGGAGCUCCGUCCUACAAGCAUGACCCUGGUGUGACUCGCCACCAUCACCACCACCCUGCCCUUGGAGGAGGCAACGGUGGGCAGCACCUUUCCUUGCACUACCUGAAUAUGCAUCAGUAUGUUCCCAGCUCUGCCACCAAUCCAACAUCACACCACCACCAUCACCAUCCAGCUUCACAUGGCAGCUACCAGCAGUUCUGCCGCUCUGACCCCUUCCUCUCGCAGCUCUUGGGCUUCUCUUACUCCUCCUUCAAAGUGGGACCCAUCACCCUAGAGCCCACUGACGAUGGCAUGGCAGGAGUUGCCACUGUCCUAUUCCAGCUACCUGGCGGUAUCCUGGCACCUAAUCGAGCAUGUCUGGGCUCUGCCCUGGUCACCCUGAGACAGAACCUGCAGGAGUACUGUGGGCACGGUGGAGCAGGCACUCAUCCGGGGGUUGGCGUUGGCCGAAAGGGCAUCCUGGGUCAUCAACAUCUUACCACAAUGGCUAUGUGAGUCUCAGGAGGAAAGGAAGAGAGCGAGAGAGUGAGAAGGACAGAUGGGAAUUUCAAGUGAGGGAUGGUUAAAUUAAAACCAUGUACAAGAGACGAGCGGAAAAGGACGGACAAUCUCUGAAAAGUUCUUGAAAGGGCCAAGCUACUUGAAGAAUGUGUGUGACUGUUUUAUAAGGGAUGUAUUUAUUGAAACAGUGGAACAGAUUAUGUGGAAUAGAUGUGACUAUUCUUGUACAUAGACACACUUGAGUAUAAAGCAUCUUUCAUCGAUUUAUCUUCUGCCCUUUGUGGAAAGCUUUCUGUGAGCUUGGCAGCAACCUUUAGGAAAUGCACUACAUGUCUCGUUGCUAUAGCCUUUAUUUCGUCCUGAAUACACCACGGAAGAUGAAGUGACACGCUGUCCCAGAGAAAGACUUUGGACUGAGUUUUAUAGUGUGUUGCCUGUGAUGAACGAUGGCUUGCUUACAGAACCAAAACGUGCUUUAAAACUCUAAUGACAAUCUGAACUGCCAUUUACAAGAUCAUUGCAAGUGGUUCAACGGGAUUGAAAAUAAACUACUACUAAAAUGGGGCAGUUGUGGCUAAAAAAAAUUUGGAAAAUGUUCAUCAACAGACAAUGUACUCAAUCAUACUUAAAUGAACAGAAACAUUGGCCUGAGGCUAUAGCUCUUCUGAAUGCUGAAUCGUGUGGUUAGUUUUACACAUAUUUAUCCUGGCAAAAAAUGGCAUUUUAGUGUUUCUGGAGUUUCCCCACUCACCGUAUUUAAAUGGUUGGUUCCUAUAGUCAUUUUGCUUAGUAUCUAUAGCAGAUUUUGACUUUUAAUUGCAAUAGUAUUUAUGUUGACUGCUGUGUUAUGAUGAUAAAUCAUGGCAUACAAAUGAAGGAAUCGCCUGCUGUCUGGUCACUGUUACAAUGGGUCAAGGGUAAAGUGUACAGUAAUGGACAUGCUUUAAUAUUUAAUGUUAUUUAAGAAAUGGGUGAUGCAAUCAUGCAUUUUAAUCCAGCUCCUUUUUUUUUUGACUGAACAGUAUUUAUUUCUAAUGGUUUAAUAAUGUCAGAAAAGGACUUCUCGGUGGAAAGUAUUGAAUUAAAUAAAAAUUGGAUUCUCCAUCUGAAUAGAAUUGAACAAUGCAAUGAAAAGAGUGGAAACAAGACCAUGACCCCUUUGUCAGUAUUUCCUUUAUUUGAGGUUUGUUUCUCUAUAUUUUUUAUAUGGUUAGAAGUAUCCUACCAUAAAGAGGCUAUUUAUUAUAAAUUAUACAAGGCAGCAUGGGAACACUUCCAUGGCCAUGGGUUCCAACCUGAGCUCAGGUUACUGUCUGUAGAUUUGCAUAUUCUACCCAUGUCCACAUGCUUUCCCUCUCAAAAAGAUCACCGAAAACUAAAUUUGCCCUAGAUGUGAAUUCCCAAUUGUGUAUGAUGUCCUGUGAUGGACUGGCAUUCCACCCAAAGUGUAUCCCAGAAAUUUAUACAGUGUUCUAGGACCCUUGACUGGAAUGAAUGAAUGAAUGGAUGAACGUUGAAAAAUUGUACACUCAACUGUAUUACACCUCCACAGAAACCUCAAACAGCAACAGCCUGGGUUGACUAUUCAAUUCCAUUCUGUCCUGGAUCUAUUUUGGUGCUGUUCUAAAACAAAACAAGUAUUUAGAAGGAGUUUGAAGACCAAAACGUGUACAGAUGUCUUGAAAUAUGUGGAUGCUACGUAUUCUGUUCAGUCCUGCACACGUGCUUUUAUAUUAUGUGAUUCAUGCUCAUGCAUUCUGUGUAUAUACCAGUUUGGCCCUAUUAAACUUCAACUAAUAGU